AUGCCCAAGAUAUGGCCAAAAAAUGAAACCCCCAUUAAAAAGACAAGAGGGAGGAGGUCCGGUGGUAGGAGCCUGACGGAGGUGGCUAGUGGGCGGCGCAGUGGUGGCGGCCGAGUGGCACCCGGUGGUAGGGCAGAGAAUGAGUGGUGGUCGGGCUAUUUUCGACGGCAUAGAGAGGUCACGGACGAAGCGGUGGCUGGGCGCGGGCGCAGUGCAGGCGACGGGGGCCGGGAAGGGGUCGCAGGCGAGAAGGACGGCGGUAGGGGCCAGGGAGCUACAGGCGGUGGGGGCCAGGAAGGGGCCAUAGGCGGGAAGGCCAGUGGCGGGGUUCGGGGAGCUGCGGGCAACGGGGGCCGGGAAGGGGCCGCAGGCGAGAAGGUCGGCGGGUGCUGCGGCCAGGAAGCUGCAGCAGGCAAGGAGUCGGGGAAGCACCGGCGAGGGCCGAGAGAAGCGUCGGCUAGGGCUGGGAAGGCGAGGCCGACGGUGGGCCGAGGGAUGUCGGCAGGGCCCUCUCUGACAGCGGCGGCGUGCGGCAUGCAGGUUGUCAGGGGCCGUACCGUGGGGAACCCCCACAAAAAAAUGUUUUUUUGA